AUGGCUAGGCGAGCAACAAGAACGAACUCCCUGGAGCCAUGGAUGAUUGCUUUGAUUGUCCUAGCAGUAGUAGUGGUCCUAGCCAUUGUCAUCGGGUUGCUUGUAUAUUUUUUGGUCUAUGAUCAAAAACUAUUCUUUUAUCGUGCUUCCUUCAAAGUCAAUAAUGUAGAAUUCAGUCCUGGUUUGACAAAACAUGCCUCAAGAGAAUUUAGAGAUCUCAGCACAAACAUUGAGACUUUGAUUUUUCAGGCAUUUGAAGCUACUACUUUAAAGAAAAAACUGGUUAAAUCACGUGUUGUAAACCUAAGCUCAGUCAAUGGUGGAGUCCUGGCAGAGGUGGUGCUGAUACUUAGGUUCCCUGGCUCAGAUAAUAAAGAAGCACUCUGGAUAAACGUUAAUAAUGUUUUGCUAAGGAGGCUGAAAUUACCAACGCAACCCUUGAGUAUUGACCUUCAUUCUUACAAGCUCUCAGAGAUUAAUGCAGAAAAUGGUGAAAAACUUAUCUACAGUUGUUGUGGAACACGAACGAACAGAAGCGAGGAGAGAAUCUUUGGAGGAAACAUUGCCGAGGAAGGGGAAUGGCCAUGGCAAGCUAGUCUUCAGCUGAACGGCAUCCAUCGCUGUGGGGCAACACUGAUCAGUGACAGAUGGCUUGUAACUGCUGCUCACUGCUUUAGAGGAGCGAGGGAUAUCAGCAGGUGGACAGCUAGUUUUGGGGCCCGGUUAAACCCUCCAACAAUGAGAAGGAACCUUCAACAGAUCAUUGUUCAUGAGGAUUAUGCCAAUAAUGUAAUGAAUCAUAAUUUUGACAUUGCAGUCGUAAAGAUUGUGCCCCCAGUGCAGUUUUCUGCGGCUGUACAUCAUGUUUGUCUUCCAGAGGCUACACAGUUCUUUCCAGAAAACACGACCUGUUUUGUCACAGGAUAUGGUGCUCUGAGAGAUGAUGGUCCAAGUGUUGGUGAACUUCGUCAAACAGAAGUGAAAAUUAUAAGCAAUGAGAUUUGUAACAGAAGAGAAGUGUAUAAUUAUGCCAUUACACCUGGAAUGCUGUGUGCUGGGUACUUAGAAGGAGGGAGUGAUGCUUGUCAGGGUGAUUCUGGUGGUCCACUGGUUACGUCUGAUCCCAGAAGAAUAUGGUACCUAGUUGGCAUAGUGAGUUGGGGUGAUGAAUGCGCAAAGCCAAACAAGCCUGGAGUCUAUACACGAGUGACUUACUAUCGAGACUGGAUCACUUCCAAGACUGGGAUCUGAAGUUAACAGGAAGCAUGAGCCUCCCAAGCAACAUGCACACCUGGGAACCAAGAAAAUUGGACAAUACCUCAAUAUUUUUUUUCAGACAGAUAUUGUUGCUUUGGUCUGGUUCCAAGAGAUUGCACUGGUGUCUCUGCUGGAGCUGUCAACAUAACUUUCUUGCCAAAUUAAGCCCAGUCCACCAGCCUUAUUUAUGUAUCAACCCUAUUUUUCUGUAAUGGAAGAAGAAUAGAGGGAGGCAUAGAAUUAUAGCUGCCAAAAGACAUUUGAUGAUAGUUCUUUCAGGCCUUAAAAACAUGGCACCAUUGGGACUCUGUUUGAUUGCUGUGGAUCUCCUACAACCAUAUCUGUUUUUAUUACUUGUUGACCAUAUUUUAAAGUGUGCUAUUUUAUUCAAGGAAAAUCACUGCACAUUAUCUUACAGAAACUGGAUGUAUUUCACUGGAUUCUUUCUUUCAAGACUCUCUUUCAUAGCCAAUAAUGUCCCAUCUUGGGAUGCUAAGUCCACCUUAAUUCAUGAAUGGUGGAUAGGAAAGGGAUGUCACACAGGCUGAAACAGCACAGAGUUCUUUGUGGUGUCCCUUUAUAUUUCCCCUGCCACUCUCUAUAUCUGCACCCAAGUAAGUUACAUAAAUAUUGUGAGAAAGAAUCU